CUCGCAUAAUUUAUUGUUAGUCAUCUAUUCAAAGGAUGGCUACUCCUCUGUAUUAUCCCUUCCUUUCUGCGUGGGGGCCAAUGGAAUCUGGCGAUCACCGGUUCACAGCCACAUUCGUGGAGCUGAGCAGCGUCAGCCAAGUCGGUCGGGCGAUGCAUCGAGGGGCCGAAAAGACGUUUCUCCUGUUUACAUUUAUUCCUCCGGUGAGAACCAUCUUAUGUCUCGGAUAUACAUGAACUGAGACGCGCAUCGCAUCACGAUGGAUCCCGCUACGAAAUAUCUCGAUCCACCACCGCCGUACGAGGAUGCAGUCGCCGGGGGAAGCCACACGAAUAUUCCAACUCUCCAGCCAGUCACAUUGCUCCUUGAUGGCCAGUGCAUUCGCGACGCCUCGACAUCGACCCCUCGCUACCAAAUAAGUCGUUCCGUGACCACGCUCCCCCAGACACCUCCGAAGAACUCAUCGAUCAUAUUCGAGCGCGUCGACACGGCCAGCCGCAUCCUCGAAAAGGAUGAAACGCCGGGAACCGAGCAGGCUCCAUCUGAACACCGGCAUCUCUUCUACCUGGCGCACCCCGCAGACGCGCAGUACCGGGCCGAUCUCCCGGGAUACUACAUCACCGCCGUGGACACGGAUACUGUGGGAAACAUUCACCUGGAGACGAGCAAAUCGCGCCUGCAAAAGCUAGAGUUCACGGCAUUGCUCAGUGUGAAGCGUACUGCGUCGGAUCGGCCGCUGUUCGAUGAGGCCGGGAAAACCGUGACUCUUUUCUGUGCGCGACCGGCGAAAUUGAUGAGUAGUCGGUAUACCUGGACUCGGGAAGAUGGAUCUCAAAUCGCCGUUGAGGAUGGGAAAGGGGACGGGCAUAGUCUGGCUCUUACUACUGCAAUGACGCAGGAGAUGCGGGAUGCGCUGGUGGCAGUGUGGCUGUUGAGGCUCUGGUAUGAAACGGCGGAAAGUAAGCAGGCUAAGAGAGAAGGUAAGCGUGCUGCCGUCGCUCGUUUGGACAUCGCUGACCACGCUAUAGAGCUCGAAUGGUUGGCGGCACCUGUUUCUUAUCAGGAUUGGACAUAUGCUAAGAGAGUCGGGGGAUUGGGAGCUCUCGCCGGUGCGGGUGGUGGUUGAGCAUAUAUCCUUCUUUGGAGCUGGCUGGAUGCACUAAUCUAUACUCCUUGAUGCGGUUUAUAUCAUUCAAGUACAUGGCUUGCCUGCUCUUUCACUGGGGUAGGCACGCGCGUCUGUGCAGAUAUUUGACGAAUGACCUUAAUACGUCAGUAGAUCAGGUCUCUAGAAUGAGAUGUCACAUUAAGUGAGUGCCUAGGGACGAAGAAUAGAACCCAAGAAUUCUUUGGGUGUACAAACACCUAGGAAAGGACGAUGAAACAAACUCAAAUCCAUACCCCGAAAGACAAACCAAGUUCCCAAAUAAGUCGCUUCCAAACCCAAG